GUCUCUUCUCUCCACUUUGUCGCCCUUGUCUCCCCAAACGAGCUUCUGGAAGAGGGCCCCCUCCCUCUACCACCGCAGUCGUCAAUUGUUGUUAUUCAAAUUGUUACGAAAAACCUCUGUGUGCGCUUUUAAACGUCGAAAGUGACAGCAGCAGGGAGGCGGUAUUGAAAGUCGCAAGUGAGGUGAAGGAGUUAAGGCUUCGCUUUCUUGAGGACGAGCAGGGUGAAGGGGGGCGUGGGUUGCGGAUGAGAAGGAGACCUGAGAACGGCGAAGAGAUGCACAAUGCCUUCGGAUCUCAAGGUCGGGGCGGGAGCAGUACUGGUGGAGGCUAUUACUCUGCACCAACAGAUCGUAUCAAGGAGACGAACCACAACAUCAUGGAGAUGCAAAAUAACGCACACAUCGACGACCUCAGCGAUCAGGUGUCUCGACUCAAGCACCUAACAAUUGAUAUUGGACAGGAGGUGCGCAGUCAAAACGACUUAAUUAGCGGAAUGGAAGGACAAAUGUUCGAUGCUCGAGGUCUGCUCGGAGGCACUCUUCGUCGGAUCAACACCAUGAUGGCCCAGGGCGGUAGUCGACACAUGUGCUAUCUUGUGGCCUUUAUUGUGUUUACGUUCAUGGCCAUAUGGUACAUCUUGAAACAAACCAGAGGUGGACGGUAGCAUGAUUCGUCUGGUGGAUGUUGUACGUUGACUCGGCCCCUGGACUUCACCUGCCUUUCUCGGCAAUCGUGGGCUCGAAAUUUCGAACACGUGAAAACGUUGCGACGUUGUUAACGUGGUGGUGUCUUCGAUACGAACUUUCCAGCUAGACGUUCCCUGUGGAUCUGUUCCAUGUGGUCCAGGUUGCUAUCUAGUAUACACCAUGCCUGGUGCCCAGGUCAGUUGUCAGUUAGCAUGGUUUUGCCUGAUGUAUGCAUACGCAGCGAGAUGCACCUUAUUCUUCUCGUUGGAGUCUACUGGUGUUUCUGCUGUGUUUAAUUCGCAGAUACGUGUGUUGUAAUAUAAGGCUCCCAGCGUAAUCAUUGUCGUACGUAGCAGGUGUCUUUCGUGGCAGGUUGUGAAGGCUGGCCUGUAGCGCCUACUGCAAUGUAUGUACACUAUCGUAAAUUUCCCACGCUCCGCCAGAAUCACUUGAGAUUUCUAUCGAGUUAUGUACGACCAUCCUCCCUGAUGCCCACAGUGAGCGGUCAGAAGCUACGCACGUCUGGGGCGGAUGUUUGGUCCGGCAUUUUUCUUCGGGCAGAAAAUCGCUGUCAGUCAAACAUCAUUUUCAGAAAGUG